AUGAAUUCGCGGCUCGGCGCACGGACGACGUUGCAACCUGAUGCUAGCAAAGAUAUUGGUAUGACAAGUCACACGAGUAUCGAACGUGUAGCACUUCCUGUGCUGCACUGGAGCAAUACCGGCGAGAACGAUAACCAAACCGCCCAUUUAUCGCAAAAGGUUCGUGCCGUGGGAGAAAGCCGAAAUCAACACACUGUGAAACGAUGGGCUUGUGCGGUCGACGCAUAUGACGAGAUGAUACUUCCCCACUUGGUGAUGAAACCCAUGAUACCCUCGCCGCAAAAGCUAAGUUCACCACUGCGGACGCGUAUGACGUGGAAUGGGACUCUAAGACCACAAAGAGAUACGUUGGAGUUUGGGCCUCACUUACAGCGACGGGCGUCGAGCAUCAAUGCUAGCCUCGCUACAUUUGAAGCAACCGAAACGAUACUUCUAGCAGAAAUCGAUUCUGACGAGCGCUGUGCAUCCUUUCUUCGUCAGCGAGCACCGCGAGAAACUCUCGCAUCCUUCCCUGGUGGCAGUGACUCCCCUCAAAGCCAGAUUCAUUACAAGCUUCGAGCGUUGGACCGUAAAAUCAAAAUGAACACAGAGAAGCCUUGCGCAGAGCUAGGGGGUAAGCCUAGUUCGAGUCAGCUUUCCAUUCAAGGCGGUCCCGAGCAAAACGAGUGCACCGCGAAGCAACUUGAUUACCAUGAAGACGAGCUGUUAUUGUCAACGCUUGAUGCAAGUCGACAGACGAAAGAAAUCGCGGCCACUGCACCACCCAAGAUGAACAUUGCGUCAGCAGUACUUGUGAUCCAGUGUUUGUUCCGAGCAUUUCAGGCACGGUGUCGUCUCGCCGAUCUACUGUCUCGGACGUAUCAACGCGUAUUGGAUCCUGGCACCAACCAAUGUUUCUACUACAACCGCACCACCCGGUUGAGUCAGUGGGAAGCCCCAAGGUUACUGCACCGUUGUCACUGCCUGCUUGGCGCCCAGCAGAAGCGAGCACCUGAUCCAUCGAUCCGCGCUACAAUCAAUGAUACCGUGUUAGAUGCCGCCGCGAAGACCAUCCAGACAAUGUACCGCCAACGAGCUCAGCGACUUUUCUUGAAAGACCUCCAGCUUGGCAAUCUUGAAAAAGUUUUCGACACAGGAUUUGGGGCUUGGUACUACUUCAACUCGCGCACGAAUCGCAGCUUUUGGGAAAAUGUUCACCACGUCAGGCUCACUGCAUCAAACUCAGCCAUUUACCAUCGACACCAGCCUUGGCAAACGACCUGA